AUGGAGAAUCGGGGUGUGCCUCCUGGACCUUACCGGGCCACCAAAUUGUGGAAUGAAGUCACCACAUCUUUUCGGGUAGGAAUGCCUCUCAGGAAACAUAGGCAGCACUUUAAAAAAUACGGCAGUUGUUUCACAGCAGUUGAAGCAGUGGACUGGCUUUAUGAUCUAUUAAGAAAUAAUAGUAAUUUUGGUCCUGAAGUUACAAGGCAGCAGACUAUCCAGCUGCUGAGAAAGUUUCUCAAGAAUCAUGUAAUUGAAGAUAUCAAGGGCAGGUGGGGAUCAGAAAACCUUGAUGACAACAAUCAGCUAUUCAGAUUUCCUGCAACUUCUCCACUUAAAACUCUCCCACGGAGGCAUCCAGAAUUGAGAAACGUCAACCUAGAGAACUUUUCCAAAGAUAAAGAUGUUUUUAAAUUACGAAACUUAACGCGUAGAACUCCAAAAAAUCAUGGAUUACAUUCCUCAAAGGAAAAUACAGAAGAAAUAAAGUACGAAAUAAUGGAUGAUGCUGAAGAAAACUCAUUUGAUAAUAAAGAAAUAAGACAGGAAGAUGUUGAAGAAGUUUGGAGAUAUAUUAUUCUGGUCUACCUACAAACAAUUUUAGGUGUGUCAUCCAUCGAAGAAGUAAUCAAUCCAAGACAAGUAAUUCCUCAAUAUAUAAUGUACAACAUGACAAAUACAAGUAAACAUGGUGUAGUUGUAUUACAAGACAAAUCAGAUGACCUCCCUCAUUGGGUAUUAUCUGCCAUGAAGUGCCUUGCAAACUGGCCAAGAAAUAAUGAUAUGAAUAACCCAACUUACAUUGGAUUUGAACGGGAUGUAUUCAGAACAAUUGCAGAUUAUUUUCUAGAGCUCCCUGAACCUCUACUUACCUUUGAAUAUUAUGAAUUAUUUGUGAAUAUUUUGGUUGUUUGUGGCUACAUCACAAUUUCAGAUAGAUCCGGUGGAAUAUCUAAAAUCCAAGAUGAUACACAGCCUUCAAAAAUCCUUCACCCUUCAAAAAUCCUUCACCCAAACAGUUUGAAUUCUUUCAAAUCAACUGAGUGUCUUCUUCUCAGUUUGCUUCAUAAAGACAAAAACAAAGAAGAAUCAGAUUCUACUGGGAAACUGAAGACAAAUGAUCAAGGACUACAAGAAAGAUGUGUUAAUAAAAUGGAAUUAGUUAAUUUAAGAAAGAGAAAAGCCAGAACUAAUGACCUAAUGGGAGGAAGCUGUCAUAAUUUAAUAGGCUUAAGUACUAUGCAUGCUCUUUCUUCUGAUAUAAAACCACGGUGCCAUUCUUUGGAAGGAAUUGUAGAUGUAUCAGAUAACUCAAGUAAAGAAAUCUCCAGUAUCUUCCAUCAAUCUAUUCUGAAUACAGAAGUACAAAAUACCAAACCAUUUUUAGAAUCUAAAGCUGUGUUGAAUCUUCAUUCAAAGGAAAAUAGUCAAAAGCCACUUUGUGUUGGUUUUAAAAGAACCUCUACUUUGACUGUUCAGGACCAAGAGGAGUUAUAUAAUGAGAAAUGCAAAUCAAAGCAGCUUUGUAGAUCUCAGAGUUUGCUUUUAAGGAGUAGUACAGCAAAGAAUAGUUAUAUCAAUACACCAGUGGCUGAAAUUACCGUUAAACCAAAUUGUACUGAGCAUCUUGGACAUGACAGCACAAGAGUGCAAACAUCUAUGGAGAGUCAACCCGGAGGGUCUAGUGUCAUAUUCAGUAAAAGACUCUGCAAAAGCACAAUAGAACUUUCAGAAAAUUCUUUGUAUCCAGCUGCUUCUGUGUUGACUGGCACACAAAGUUUGUUGCAGCCUCAUUUAGAAAGAGUUGCUAUUGAUGCUCUACAGCUGUGCUGCUUGUUACUUCCCCCAGCAAAUCGGAGAAAGCUUCAGCUUUUGAUGCGUAUGAUUUCUCGAAUGAGUCAAAAUGUUGAUAUGCCCAAACUCCAUGAUGCAAUGGGUACAAGAUCACUGAUGAUACACACUUUCUCUCGAUGUGUGCUAUGCUGUGCGGAAGAAGUAGAUCUUGAUGAGCUUCUUGCUGCAAGAUUGGUUUCUUUCUUAAUGGAUCAUCACCAGGAAAUUCUUCAAGUACCUACUUACUUACAGACUGCAGUAGAGAAACAUCUUAACUACUUGAGGAAGGGCCAUAUUAAAAUUCCUGGGGAUGGACUGAUUGCUCCUUUGCCAACUUAUUCAUAUUGUGAGCAGAUUAGUGCUGAAGAGUUUGAUGAACAAAAGAUUUCUACCUCUCAAGCUGCAAUUGCAGAACUUUUGGAGAAUAUUAUUAAAAACAAAAGUUUGCCUCUAAAAGAGAAAAGGAAAAAACUAAAACAGUUUCAGAAAGAAUAUCCCUUGAUAUAUCAACAAAGAUUUCCAACCACAGAGAGUGAAGCGGCACUUUUUGGUGACAAACCUACAAUCAAGCAGCCAAUGCUGAUCUUAAGAAAACCAAAGUUUCGUAAUCUGAGAUACUGAAUUAAAAACUGCAGUACUUGUGGAAAUUUGACAGAGAAAGCCAUAUUUGAGAAUUCAGCUACU